AUGUACUUCUCAAACAAGAUUGCCAUUUUCCUUGCUCUCGGAGCCCUCGUUGCCAUGCCAGCCACCGCCAAGCGUGGGGGUGGCGGAUUCCGCGGCGGAGGUGACCGAGAUGGUGGUCGCCGUGGUGAUAAACUUGUCCGUGGCUCUUUUGCCAACGCAACCUAUGUUGAUAUCACAUGUGAUGUGGACUUCUCCUGUGAUCCUCGUGGUCCAGCCGAAGAAGGCUUCUUUGUUUGCCGUUCCUAUACUAAUAGCGACGGGGAAACGAAAAGUCGAGCCAAGUGCAUUCCUUCCGAUCGCUCCAUUGAAGGUUCCGACGAAUGUGGGUGCUGUGGAGAGGAUUGCCCCUUACCAUGCGAUGCCUGUCCCUGCACCACUCGUCGGGGAACACCUGGAGCAUAUAUCUUGGAUGAAGACGAUGAUGAACCCAUUUGCGUGUCUUCAAAGGCGGCCAUGAUGCUUACUUUCAAAAAGGAUGAAGUCUCUUGCUUCACCGACUGCAGCCUCGCUGAGUAA